AUGAAUGUCCUCGUGGUCACUGAGGGGUUUGUAGCUGUGAGCAUCACUGUCACCAACUUUCUAGUGGUGAGCAUCCCUGUCAACAACUUUCUAGCGGUGAGCAUCCCUGUCAACAACUUUCUAGUGGUGAGCAUCCCUGUCAACAACUUUCUAACGGUGAGCAUCACUGUCAACAACUUUCUAGUGGUGAGCAUCCUUGUCAACAACAUUUUAGUGGUGAGCAUCCUUGUUAACAACAUUUUAGAGGUGAGCAUCCUUGUCAACAACUUUCUAGUGGUGAGCAUCCUGGUCAACAACAUUUUAGUGGUGAGCAUCCUUGUCAACAACAUUUUAGUGGUGAGCAUCCUUGUCAACAACUUUCUAGUGGUGAGCAUCCUUGUCAACAACAUUUUAGUGGUGAGCAUCCUUGUCAACAACAUUUUAGUGGUGAGCAUCCUUGUCAACAACAUUUUAGUGGUGAGCAUCCUUGUCAGCAACAUUUUAGUGGUGAGCAUCCUUGUCAACAACAUUUUAGUGGUGAGCAUCCCUGUGAAAAUGCCCUUUACUUGA